AUGACUCAUAAGAGAGAUUCAGAGACUGAUGCUUUCAAGGUUUGGGAAGUUGCCAGGAUGAGAGGGUUCUAUGAUUUGUCAAAAGGUGCAGCUGGUUGGGUUUCGUGUUGCAGGGAUCCAAAGUGUUUUAACAAGGGUGUAGGUGCUGUUGGUUGCAUCCAUACGACCCUCCAUUUGUAUUUGAAUAAUAGUAGAAGAGAAACAAAGACUGUAAAGAUGAGCCGAGCAGCAGCAGCAAACAGCGAAGGGGGCAACCUUCGUACCCUCAAAUACCUUGUCAAAAAGUACUUGAAGAAAAAUAACAUCAGAGAUUGGCUUAGGGUGAUUGCUUUCAACAAGGACAGGAAUGUUUAUGAAUUGCGCUACUUUAACAUUGCUGAGAAUGAAGCAAAUGAAGAAGAUUAA